AUGGAGCGCCGUCUUCUGGAUCGGCUUGAUGACGUGGAGAAGGAGCUUCGUCGCUCGCAUGCGGGGUCGGCGUCACCAUCAGCUCCUCGCGCUGCUCCCGUCGUCCCUCUCUCCGCGCUCCUGCCCCACAAUCCUUUUGGAUCCCCGGCGCGCUCAGCGCGGCCGCUGCCUGCGGGGAUGGGCUUCGUAGGCGCUGGUGGCGGGCCGCCGUGGGCUCAGUUUGCUCCGCCGCGUCCUCUUCCUGCUCCGCGUGAUCUCGCCGUGUCGUCUCACCGUGCCCGCGCGUCUGCGUUGCUUCCGCCGAUGAAGGAAGUUCCCACGGCGACCCUGGCCCGCCUAUGGUCGCUGGCGGCGUCCCUGCAGAGCCUUGAGCAGAUUCUUCAGGAGUCAUUUGACUCCAUGCCGCGUGCUGCCCUGUUGCUGUCACCUCACCCACCCUUCUCUCCUCCUCACCCCAUUGCUGACCUCUCUGUUGUGUCAAGUCAACACCCUCGCUCCCCCCCAACCGCUUUUCCCCCGCCACCCAAUCAUGAGCCCACUCCCCUCCUCCUCAUUCUUCCCAUUGUGUUCCCCAUCCACCCUCCUCUCCCCCCCCUUCAACCCUCCCCCCCACCACCCAAUACAUCAGUCCACUCUUCUCCUCCUCACUCUCUCCAUUUCCACUCUUCUCCUCCUCACUCUCUCCAUUGUUUCCCCCAUCCACCCUCCACUCCCCACCCCGUCCCCACCCCCUCCCAAUCCGCUUCCCCCACCACCUCUAUACAUCAGGCCACGCCUCUCCUCCUCACUCUAGCCAUCGAGCUUUCAGACAUUGUCUUUGCGGUGAGUGCUCCUGAGGGUGAAACCCCUCCUCUCCUCCCCUCCUCUCCUCCCCUCCUCUCCUCCCCUCCUCUCCUCCCCUCCUCUCCUCCCCUCCUCUCCUCCCCUCCUCUCCUCCCCUCCUCUCCUCCCCUCCUCUCCUCCCCUCCUCUCCUCCCCUCCUCUCCUCCACGCCUCUCCUCCUCACUCUAG